CCACACGGCCAGCUGUGUGCAUGACAGAGAGAGAGGGAGAGCGAGAGAGGGGGGGGAGACAAACCAGGAUGUUAAAAUUCAUUCCGGCGUACAUUUUUCCAUCAUGAAACCAUUAGCAAUCAAUGUCGGCCACGGACUCAUGGGCCAGCAGGAAAAGAGCUUGCUUCCUGCCGACUUCACCAAGCUCCACCUGGCCGACGGCCUCCAUCCACAGGUGACCCCCGUCACCUCCAGUCAUUCGGGAUGUAGCAUCACCAGCGAUUCGGGAAGCAGCAGCCUGUCGGACAUCUACCAGGCCACGGAAAACGAGGCCGGAGACAUGGACCUGAGCGGGCUGCCCGAGACUGCAGUGGACUCCGAGGAAGAUGACGAUGAGGAAGACAUCGAACGCGCCUCGGAUCCGCUCAUGAGCAGGGACAUCGUGCGGGACUGUUUAGAGAAGGACCCCAUGGACAGGACAGAUGACGACAUUGAACAAUUACUGGAAUUCAUGCACCAGCUUCCUGCUUUCGCCAACAUGACCAUGUCCGUGCGUCGGGAGCUGUGUGCGGUCAUGGUGUUUGCCGUGGUGGAACGCGCCGGAACCGUCGUGCUGAACGACGGCGAGGAGCUGGACUCCUGGUCGGUGAUCCUGAAUGGCUCGGUGGAGGUGUCCUGUCCAGAUGGGCGCACAGAGAUCCUCUGCAUGGGCAACAGUUUUGGGGUCUCGCCCACCAUGGGGAAGGAGUACAUGAAAGGGGUCAUGAAGACUAAGGUGGACGACUGUCAGUUUGUGUGCAUCGCUCAGCAGGACUACUGCUGCAUCCUCAACCAAGUGGAGAAGAACAUGCAGAAGGUGGAGGAGGAGGGCGAGAUCGUCAUGGUGAAAGAGCAUCGUGAGCUGGACCGCACCGGCACCCGGAAGGGCCACAUCGUCAUCAAGGGGACUACCGAACGACUGACCAUGCACCUCGUGGAGGAACAUUCGGUGGUGGACCCCACCUUCAUCGAGGACUUCCUGCUGACGUAUAGGACCUUCCUCACCAGCCCCAUGAUUGUGGGAAAGAAUCUUCUGGAAUGGUUUAAUGAUCCGUGCCUCAGGGACAAGGUUACACGGGUAGUAUUGCUGUGGGUAAACAAUCACUUCAAUGACUUUGAAGGGGACCCUGCAAUGACUCGUUUUCUUGAAGAAUUUGAGAAUAACCUAGAGAGAGAGAAAAUGAGUGGCCAUUUGAGACUGUUAAAUAUUGCCUGUGCUGCCAAAGCCAAACUGAGGGUCGUGACGCUCACCAAACCCUCGAGGGACGCCCCGCUGCCCUUCACGCUCCUGGGCGGCUCAGAGAAGGGCUUCCGGAUCUUCAUUGACAGCGUCGAGGCCGGGAGCAAGGCCGCUGAGGCAGGCCUGAAGCGUGGAGAUCAGAUAUUGGAGGUGAACGGGCAGAACUUCGAGAACGUCCCUCUUUCCAAAGCCACAGAGAUCCUGAAGAACAACACGCACUUGUCUAUCACUGUGAAAACAAACCUGUUAGUGUUCAAGGAGCUUCUCGCCCGGCCGGCGGAGGAAAAGAAGAACGGUGCCCCCCAUCUGCCAAAGAUCGGCGACAUCAAGAAGGCCAGCCGCUUCUCCAUACCAGACUUGGCCGUGGACGUGGAGCAGGUGAUGGGCCUGGACAAGGCCAACAAAAAGACCAAAGCCAACACCGUUGGUGGAAGGAACAAACUCAAGAAGAUUCUCGACAAGACUCGCAUUAGUAUUCUGCCCCAGAAGCCAUACAAUGACAUUGGGAUCGGCCAGUCCCAGGAUGACAGCAUAGUCGGCCUCAGGCAGUCCAAGCAGAUUCCUACAGCUCUUCCUGUCAGCGGGACGCUGUCCUCGAGCAACCCAGAUCUUCUGCAGUCCCACCAUCGUAUCCUGGACUUCAACAACCCGCCUGCCACAGGGCCCAGUAAUUUGCCCGAUCAGGUGCUGAGGGUCUUCAAAGCUGAUCAGCAGAGCCGCUACAUCAUGAUCAGCCGGGAUACAACGGCCAAGGAGGUGGUGGCCCAGGCGAUGCGUGAGUUUACCUUGACAGGCACUGCCGAGGCCUACUCCCUGUGCGAGGUGUCCGUUACCCCCGAGGGCGUCAUCAAGCAGAGGCGGCUGCCCGACCAGCUCUCCAAGCUGGCGGACAGGAUCCAGCUGAGUGGAAGGUACUACCUGAAGAACAACAUGGAAACUGAGACUCUGUGCUCGGAUGACGAUGCACAGGACCUACUGAGGGAGAGCAACAUCUCCCUGCUGCAGCUCAGCACGGUGGAGGUGGCCACACAGCUCUCCAUGAGGAACUUUGAGCUCUUCUGCAACAUCGAGCCCACAGAGUACAUCGAUGACCUCUUCAAGCUCAAGUCCAAGAUGGGUGCUACGAAUCUUAAGAAGUUUGAGGAGCUGAUCAACCAGGAGACCUUCUGGGUGGCCUCAGAGAUUGUACGUGAACCUAACCAGCUGAAGAGGAUGAAGAUCAUUAAGCACUUCAUUAAGAUCGCACUCCACUGUCGCGAGUGCAAGAACUUUAACUCCAUGUUCGCCAUCAUCAGUGGUUUGAAUCUGGCCCCUGUCUCCCGACUACGAGGCACCUGGGAAAAGCUUCCCAGCAAGUAUGAGAAGCUCUUCCAAGACCUUCAAGACCUUUUUGACCCUUCCAGAAAUAUGGCCAAAUACCGCAACGUUCUUAACAAUCAGAACCUCCAGCCUCCCAUAAUCCCCCUCUUCCCAGUUAUCAAGAAGGACCUCACUUUCCUCCAUGAAGGCAACGAUUCUAAAGUCGAUGGGUUGGUGAAUUUCGAGAAGCUGAGGAUGAUUGCGAAAGAGAUCAGGCACGUCGGGCGGAUGGCAUCUGUAAACAUGGAUCCCGCACUCAUGUUCAGAACGAGGAAGAAGAAGUGGAGAAGUUUGGGGUCUCUCAGCCAGGGCAGUGGUAAUGCAGCCAUGCUGGACGUGGUGCAGACAGGGGGCCACAAGAAGCGCGUCCGCCGCAGCUCCUUCCUUAACGCCAAGAAGCUGUACGAGGACGCCCAGAUGGCGCGGCGCGUCCGCCAGUACCUGUCCGACCUGACGCUGGACACCAGCGAGGACAGCCUGCAGACCAUGUCCCUCCAGUGCGAACCGUCCACCAACACCCUGCCCAAGAACGUCGGCGAUAAGAAGAAGCCCGACACGUCGCCUGUGAUUCCUCGGGCGGCCAGCCAGCCGAAGCAGACGCAGAAAGGUGGCCAGGCCCUGCAGGUCCCUGCUGUGUCUCUCUACCCGUCGCGGAAGAAGGUUCCGGUGAAAGACCUCCCGCCAUUCGGUACAAGCUCACCUCAGUCUCUGAAGAAAAUCCUGUCUCUGUCUGAGGAAGCGAGUGAACGGCAAAAGAAGGCACCUGAAGACACCGUAUCCAGUGCGUCAUCGCAACUGUCCUCCCCCCCCACCUCCCCCCAAAGCUCCCCCCGCAAAGGAUGUCCACUGAAGAGAAAUCACGUCAUUAGACGCGUGUCCUUCGGUGACAGGCAGAGACUGUCCGGUGGCAGUCAGCUGAGGUCCCCCCUCUCCAGGCAGUCAGACCUAACCAGCUCCUUCUCUUCCCUCGCAAGUGAGAACAAUAACGGGAAUAACAAUGGUGCCACAUGGACCGGUGGGAUAGGAUAUUCCUUGGGGCCCGGCGGGGCGGUAGACAACUUGUCGGAUUCGGGCCACAGUGAGUUAUCGUCGCGGUCCAGCCUCGUGAGCGAGUCGUCGCUGGAGCUGCUCAACGAGGAGAGAAGGCAGAGGCACGCGGCCUUUUUUGGUGAUGCUAACCUCUCUGGAUCACGGAUAGAGCGCAGGGCUACCCUGGACCCCGACCAGUACAGCCUCGGGUCCUAUACCUCCGUGCACGAGGGCCGGCAUCUUUACGUGGGGAGCACCGUACUGUCCUCCCCCAGCUCCGAGGAGCUGACGCAGGACCAGGGCGACCGGGCAUCCCUCGACGCGGCCGACAGUGGCCGGGGAAGCUGGACAUCCUGCUCCAGUGGCUCCCAUGACAACAUCCAGACCAUCCAGCACCAGCGAAGUUGGGAGACACUGACCUUCGGCCCGCCACACCUAGACGGCCCUGCAGAGGGCGCUGGUCUGUGGGCCACCGACUCCCCUGCGUACCCAGAGCACGGGGCCAGGCCUGGACAGGCACGUGGCAGCUGCUGGGGGGAGGACUCCGAGGGUGACACCGGAACCAUCAAGCGCCGGGGAGGGAAGGAUGUAGGCUCCGAGCCAGAGACCAGCAUGACCUCGGACACCCCCAGGCAGCAUGGCCGGCCCACUCACUUACCGGCAUCCUCUGGCACCCCCAAAAAUCUCAUCGUGCGGAAGGACAGCCGGUUCCGGGACCCUCCCCCGACACCGCCGGGCUACACGGCCCUGACCGAGUUCGCCGAACCACCAGUGCACUCGGGCCGCAGGCCUCCGGAUUAUAACGUGGCCCUGCAGCGCUCGCGGAUGGUGGUGCGCUCCUGCGACUCCCCCCAGCCCCCCUCCCGGCCACCCAGCCGGCUCCAGUGGAGUAAGCCCGCCGACGGGGACCCCCGGCACCCCCACUUCCCGUCCCAAGGGCACUCUGCCGAGGAAGAGGAGGGUGAGUCCUUGUCUCCGAAACUUAUUCCUCAGAGGAAGACAAUGGCAUACACACCCGAGACUACCAAGCCGUGAGUUACAGGCAGGCACCAGGCAGAAGAUGAACAAGUGUCUGCAGUCUGAGGAUGGCGCCACCUAUUGGAAUUUAUGUGCAACGGCGCCAGGAGUCAGCCUUGGACAGAGUACGGGACACAGACUUGGGGGGUGGGGGAAUUGUCCUCCAACCAUAUCAGAUUGGGGGGAGUGCCCAUCUUCCCCCUCCCUGCCUUAAAUCAGCAUGGGGAUUUGUGUUCCCCGCAUGAAAGAUACUGUGAAAUAUGGAAAAACAAAAUGAAACAAACAAAAAAUCGUCUUGGCACUUUGGAAGAAAAAAAGAAGAAACUAACAUGAAACUUUGGUUGAUGUGUGUCUGCCAUCACGGAUCAAAACCACCGCUACUCCAAUCCCCCCCAGCCCCCCCCCACACACACACACACACUCACACACUCGCAUAUCUGUCACCAACGUCUCAAACUUUGUCUGCACUUUUAUCCAUGACUUAUCUAGUGAUGACAAUAUUGAAAACGAAAAAAAAAAACAUUAUUGCCUCUUCGAUUUUUUUUUUUUUUUCCGGCUUCCUCUCUAGAUUGUGUAGGAAUUGUAGCAGUCCAGAUGACCACGGGUGAAGAUUGUGCAGAUUUUACAGAGUUUUGUUACAGUUUUAUAUGCUAUCGUGCUUCGAAAACAAACGUGUUGGCGUCUCCAUGACUACAGUAUUAUUUCUUAGUCGUUUCGAAUUUUUUUUUUUUGUUUUGUUUUCGAGUUUUGUAAGCUUCUAAAUGGACCGGACAGCUCCCGACUGUGUAGAGAGCACGGCUGUGGCUCGAUUUGGAUACCGGAGAUGCCAGCACAUGAAGAGCCCUGCCAUGAGAUGGCAUCACAGAUCUGAAGGAUGAAGACUGUGUUCAUAGUUGCGAUGAUAGAUUUUGUUGCAUGUCUAAAGAGAGCUGGCAUAUAGAAUCUCUCUCUGCUGCUACGUAAUCCCUCUUCAAUGACUGAAGAUAAAAACUGACUCCUGUUGUGUUCAUGAGACUCUAAAGGCUAAGCGAUCUGAGUAGUACUCAAAAAAUGAGGAACUUUGUGGUCCGCUUCUGUUUCGAUUUUAAUUCCCUUGUUCUUUUGAGCUGAUCAUAUUGAUCAGUGAUUGAAAAUAGAUUUAAAGGUGAAGGUUGCAGUUUUUUUCCCCCACUGUAUAGUGUAACUUCAGUGCUUUAUUUAAUAUUUUACUUUCUAUAAGGAAUUGUGUGAUUCAUUUUUUUUUCCAGAUUUACACACAUUGCAAAUUGUUCGUAAUUUAAUUAUAUUCAUUAAUCGAUUCUAUCGUCUCUGGAGAAUAGGCAGGCCGAAUCCAAGUUGUAAUACAAGUUGCACAAAAAAAAAAUGUUUAAGCAUACAGUAAUUGUAGUAUAUACUGUAGAACUGCUAAUUUCAGUUCGAUCUGUGAUGUCGUGUGUAAAAUGCACAUUUUAACUAAUCGUUUCCUCAUACCUUUGAUACUACUUAUACUGUAUGUCUUUUAGAAAGACAGUUGGUGGAGUCUGUAUCCUUUUUUUGUAUUUUUAAUACAAUAAUUGUACAUAUUGGUUAUAUUUUUGUUGAAAAUUGUAGAAAUGUACAAUGUUUAUGCCUCAACACCCAGUUUAUAUAAAGCUGGUUAUCAAUAAAUAUUAUACAGUUAAGAGCCUGUGGGAUAUGAUAUGUAAGGGAUUAGUGGUGAAUGAGUGUAAUAGAUAAAAUGUUCCCUAUGAAAUGUUGUUUUUUUUUUUUUUUAAAUCAAGAACUGAUGGAUGGCAGUAGAUUCAUAGCUUCUGCUUGAUGCCCAUGACUCAGUCAGAUCCUCCCUUUAAAUAAAAAAAAUACUUCGAGAAGAGGCAGCAAGGUCUCUUGCACUGUU